GUUGGGAUUUUCCCCACCUGCAAGCUUACGUAUGCGCAUGCGCCUAUAAUUUCCUUCCCUCUUGUCUAAAUGUCUAAUAUCACUUCUCUUACUUGCAACGUGUCAGAUAUACUAUGUGUUCAUUCUUAAGGCUUUAUUUAUUUAUUUCUCUCGGUCUAUUAUGAAGUUUAAUACUGACUAUUCAUCUGCUAACUCUUCUUUUGCUUCACCACACUUCAUUUGCAACAGUCCUGCACACUUCUCAGUAGUUUCGGAAACUAUAUCUGCUCGAAAUGUCAGAAAUCCUGUCACCCCACGACAUACGAACCUACAUCGUUUUAUUAACUUUAAUCUUUUUUUUAAUGAACAUGUUUGGCUGUUUAACUUGAUAGGAUGAUUGCACAAGCUGCUCAUUGCUAUAAGUUUUUCAUUGAUCAAACACUAAAGAGACCUCUGUAUUUAAGUCAUUAUCAAAGAACUCUCCUACUCCAAUUUUGCCGUUUUAAGCAUCUCCAACUUUCCAGUCCAAUUUUACCAACAUUUUUUCAAGCAAAGAACUAUUUGGAAAGAGUUGCUCUUGUUGACCAGAAUGGGCACUUCCGAUACAGAGACCUACUCCAUUACAGUGCAAUUUUAUCGAAAAAAAUUAAAAAUACAAUUGGCUGCACUUCAAAUUCCUGUGAAGGUUUACGGAUAGCAUUUCUUUGUGAAAAUGAUUUGUCAUAUGUCGUAACAAAAUGGGCAACUUGGAUGAUUGGAGCAGCUGCUGUUCCGCUUUGUAAAACACAUCCUGUUAAAGAAAUUUGUUAUUUCAUAGACAAUUCCAAAUCCUCAAUUGUUGUUAUUAGUGAAGAAUUCAAAAGUCUAACUGAGGAAAUAGAACAAAAUACAGGAGUUCAAACAUUGCUUUUAAGCAAAGAUGACUAUCUUCAUGAGUAUGAUCCAUGUCAAAAUUAUUGGUUGACUGAAUGUAAAGAGUUGGACAGAAAAUUUGAAGAAAUGCUUAAAAUAAACCAGUUCAAAAACCAGCCAGCAUUAGUUAUUUAUACUAGUGGUACAACAGGGAAACCAAAGGGUGUGGUGCUAACUCAUGGCAACUUAACUGCUCAGAUAGAAGCUAUGAUAUACAGCUGGGGAUGGACAAGAAAUGAUGUUAUUUUACACACAUUACCACUACAUCAUGUUCAUGGUAUUGUUAAUGUACUUAUGACACCAUUCCAUUGUGGUGCUACCUGUGUGAUGCUUACGAAAUUUGACCCACAAACGGUGUGGUCUCGGCUGCUGAACCCUGUUGGAGCCAAUGAUGGUUUAAGAAUUAAUUUAUUCAUGGCUGUACCUACUGUUUAUGCCAAGCUGAUUGAAAACUAUGAAUCAAAUAUGCGAAAUAACCAGGAAGAUAUGUACAUGGGAAAAUUUGUCAAAAACACCUGUCAGAAUCGUAUCAGGCUCAUGGUCAGUGGCUCAGCAUCAUUACCACAGCCGAUCAUGGAGCGAUGGGAAGAAAUCACUGGACAUCGAUUGUUGGAACGAUAUGGCAUGAGUGAAAUUGGGAUGGCUCUGACCAAUCCACUUGAUGGGCCCAGAAUUCCAGGUUCUGUCGGUCACCCUAUGCCUUGGGUAGACGUUUGCAUUGCAAAACCAAAUGUUUAUGCAAAAUGGGGUUAUGAUGUAAUAGCUCAGGGAAAUUCUUCAAAAACUGUGGUUUCCCCAGGAAUGGAGUCUGAACAAGGGGAGUUAUAUGUACGAGGACCCAAUGUAUUUAGUGAAUAUUUCCAACGACCUGAUGCAGUAAAGAGAUCUUUUACAAAAGAUGGUUGGUUUAAAACAGGUGAUACAGCUAUUUAUGAAAAUGGUGUGUAUUCAAUAAUGGGACGUACUUCUGUGGAUAUUAUUAAGAGUGGAGGUUAUAAAAUAAGUGCUCUUUAUGUUGAGCGACACCUGUUAUCACAUCCACAAAUUACGGACUGUGCUGUGAUAGGACUUCCUGAUAUUACUUGGGGACAGCGUAUUGCUGCUGUCCUUGUUCUUAAAGAAGGUGCUGAUGAAAUGCCACUUGAGAGUUUACAGAGAUGGGCUGAAAAUCUUAUGCCUUACUAUCAAGUCCCUACAGUUGUGCGAUAUCUUAAGGCCAUGCCUCGAAAUGCCAUGGGUAAAGUCAACAAAAAGGACAUUUUUGCAACUGUUUUCCCAGAGUUCAACAGGUCUUCAAGGACAAUAAGAUAAAAUAUUUUUCCUCCUUUUCUAUAAAUGGAAAUUAUUAACAAAUGGUUUUUGAAAAGGAUGUGAAACAAAGAUAUAGGUUUGGAAUUAGUAAGUGAUUUUUAUGACUUAUUAUUGUAUUACAAAUGUAGAAACUGAUCACCAGCUGGUUUAUUUGAUGUGACAGUGUAGUUGGUGAUCACUGGUUGGUGUGAUUAGUAAUUUGCUUACUAUAAAAAAACAUUGUAAUAGUGAUAUUCCAAUCACAGAAAUAUGGGGUGUUACAUCAUUCAUCAUCAGUCUUCCAUGCUCUCUAGAGAAAGAUUUGAAUUUAUAAAUAGUGAAAUCUUGAAUGAAAUGAAGUAGAGAAAUUUAGACAAAUGAGGGCAACAACAGUGGUUAAUGUUUUUUAUUACUUAAUGAAGUAGAUUGUAGUAGGAUUGCCAGAACCACUAACUAUCUUAGAUGCUGUUAUUGCCUUAAGCUUCCCAUUACCUUAGUAAUUUCUGUUGGAAUACACAGCCUUUGCUUCAAUUAAUUUUCAAAAUAAUGAAGAAUUUAGUAAAAUAACUUUAUUAAGCUGGCAUUUGGAAUAGAUUUACAUGAAAUUUUUAUGGAAGGUUUUAAUUUAGAUUACUUUAAAAUAGGAAGUCGGUGGCAUAGAACCAAGAGCAGUCUCAGGUGGAUUGGUAUCAAGGGGACUAGAUAGAAAUAGAUACUAUUAAAACAAUAAAAGAAAUGGGGUAGGGGAGUUUAGAUAAUAUUUAAACUACCAAAUAUUGUAAUGUUUCACUACUAUGAUAAUUCAGACCUUCACUAAUGUGUCUACUAAAUAUCAUUGUCUCCAUUAUCACAAUCCUUAUGUCACAACUGUUGUAGUGACCUGGAUGGAAUGAAUGGCAUGGUAUCACUACUGUUGUAUGCAGUAAACACUGUAAGAUGCCAUUGGCAACCUUAAGGGGAUAGGUUUGGCAGAGAUUAAAAGAUUGGAAUUUAUAUCAAUGAAAAAAUGGAUGUGAUGGCUUAAAGAAUCUACCUGGUGGAGUUUAAAAUGCUAUCAAUUGUGAUGAUAUGAAUAUCCAUCUACGUGCUAGAGAAAGAUGUUUCUAUCUACAUCAGCUUCUAAUCUGUAGUAUCCUUAAAAUAAUCAUUUUAGUAUAUAUAUAAUAAAUGGUUUGAUGUCAUUAUAUUUGUUACUAUUAGAUGUUGCAAAUGGUGAUGAUUCACAUGUGUGAACAAUAGUUACCAGUGAAUAGUUAGACUACUUCUUUGUCAUUGCUUUUAUAGUGUGCCAAUUCAUUCUAUUGUCUAACUAGUAAACUGGUAUCGGAAACCACCCAUUAGAUUUUUAGUGUGUCAUGGGUGAGGGUGCACGACCUAGUGAUUAAAGUGUUGCACUCAUGAUGGCAAGAUUGUGGGUUUAAUUUCCGGACAAGGUGAUGUGUUGUGUUCUUGAGCAAAACACUUCAUUUUAUGUUGUUCUGCAAUCACUUCAACAUCUGAUUUAUAACACACUGUGCACUUGUACAGGUAAUGUUGAUCUGAAGGAAGGAGUGAGCUUAUGUGAAUGCAGACAUUUGAUGACUGUGACCAAAUCAUCUGUGCAGGUUGUUCAGCAAGAAAUUGCAGAACUGUUUUUCUUCAACCUGCGAUGCUCUCAUAUACAUAUACUGUGUCGUGGGUGUUAGUGAUCACUGAAACAUUGUGUUGUUUUUACUUUCCUCAUCCACCCCAAACUAAAAGGUAUUAAAUCAUCAUGCCCACUCUUAAUAUUUAGUUCAAUUCAGUCUGUAAAUACUGGAUGGUGUGAGUAGUAUGGUGUUAUAGUUGAAGUGGUGGUUUUCUGUUGUCAAAAUUGUUGGAAGUAACUAUUAAUACAUGUCCUUUGCCUUUAUUGUUAAAAGGUUAGCAUUAUCAUUUCAAUAGUCAAAUUUAGGUGUUUCUUUCUACACCAGUUUGACUGCAUCAACAUCCAUUAUGAUAAUUGCUGUGUGUAGGUACUUCAAUACUAUACACAAUGUCUAUAUUUACAUCAGGUACAGAUUGUCAAAAUUUCUACCACAGUACUGUACCUGUUAUUAAUAUCCAUAUAUAUUUACUGAGUAAUAUAUCUGCUACAAUAUUGUGUCCUAAUAUUAAUCUCAACUUUUAUGUUGUCUCUCCCAGUGCUGUAUCAAUUACAACAGGCAUUAUGUACAGGUGCCACUCAACCACUGUUAGUGUACCCACUGCAGUACUAUCUCCAUUAUUAACAGCCAUAUAUUCAGGUAUUUUAGCAUGUCUACACUAGCUACAUGUUUUACAGACAUGUCUAUUAUAAUACUCUGUUAUAACAAUUCUCUAUGAAGGUGUAUUAUGUCAGUCUUUGUCUUCACAUUUGCACCACAACUUACUGGUGUUAAGUUCCAGUUGAAUUUCAUGGCUUGUAUUUUUUUUUUACUUUUGCUACAAAGUAACCUUAUCAUUUAAUUGUAACAUUUAGAAGUGUUACAUCAUUAUACUCUGUCUUCAUGCCUACAGCAUUCAUUGUAAAAGUUUUACAUUAGCUCUAAUCUUCAUGAGAGUUUGGCUGAAGAUGAUAAAUUUAGUUCCUGUUUUGCUUGUGUUUCUUAGUUAAGUUUUGACAUAAGAACAAAAGUACUGAAGAAAAGUUUUUUUAGUCAACAUUAAUCAGUAAGUGGGCCAAAAACUGCUUGGGGUGUUAUAUUGAGCCCAAACUUUUGUCGACAGCAAUAUUUUUUCCAUAUUUCUCGCAAUAAUUCCUUAUUUUUAUUGUACACUUCUCCAUAAAAUUCUUUUUUCACUUUAAAGCUUUACAGUUUUGUGGGUUUUUAAAAAUAUUUUACAUACAUCUCAACUGGGUAUGCACUUUAAGUAUCAUGUCUUGGUAACCUCUGUGGCCAGGAUCUGCUUUUCUUGAAUAGUAGCAGCUUCAUUGGUGAACAAUUUAUAUGAUUCAACUUAAGUGUUACUAGGCUUCAGAUUUUUCCAAGUGACAUUCUUACUCUAAUAGGUGUAUUACAAGUGUCUCAAUUCAUGUAUUUGUUUGUGUGAGAGCUUUAUCAACUCAAACAACUCAGGUGUUUCUUGUCAUUCACUGGGAUGGGCAUUUCUGUAGUAUGCCAGUUCUUUGUACUUUUAUCACUAAUUUACUUCUUGUUGAGACAAUGUUUUCUAAUUCAUUCAUGAUUGUUAGUGAGCCUAGCAGUCACUUAGGCUUUGUCUAGAUACUGCUAUGGUCUAUAUGCUCCUAUUUAGCACCAUACCUAGUGUAUCUAUCAAGUUGUAACAAUAAUUGUUUUCUGUUUCUUCAAUGACAACUAAAACAAAAUAGUGGUUAAUGGAGGUGUGUUUAAUCAUAAACAUAGUUACUAUUGUUUUCAAUGACCUUCCCCAUCUGAUAUCAAGCUUUUUAAUGGUGUAUGUAUAAAAUCCUUUUGCUUUUGACCUAAAAUAAUAGGCUAACUCAUCAUUGACCUUGAUUUGAAGUUAGUUUAAGAUCAUCCAAAAGACUUAAACUUUUAAACAUGUGAUAAUUACAAAGGGUGAGGUCCAGGGAAUAUGGUGGAUGAAGUGGAUGAGUUCUUCCAGGAGAUUUUUGGUCUUUCAUGCAGUAUGGGGUCAUGCACUAUCAUGAUGAAGGACGGUCCCUUUCCUAUUUGCUAAAGACUAAUCUUUUUGUUCAAAGUUGUUUUUAAAUGCCUUGACUGUUGGCAUAAACUUCAGCUCUGAAUAUUUAUUGUUUAACAGCUUGUAAUAAAUGAUUCACUGCACAUCGACCAUACACUUAAAAAAAAAAAAAAACCUCCUUUUGAUGCAAGCCUGGUGAAA